UCACUCUCGAGUCAUCCUCACAGCCAACAUGAUCAUAAAGGAUACUGACGACAAGGGCGAGGUCAAGACGGAGAAGCCGUUGCCUGCGUCGCCUGACUCGGUGUCGUCAUCGUCGGAGGAUGGUCUCCCCAGUUAUUACGAGGCCCAGAGGAACCAGGCGGGUCCCUCAAACCCAAGGCGCCAACGGCCGUCACCAGCUCCCAUCACCACAAAACCACGGACGGUGUCGACGUUCUCGUCCCUCUCUGUGUCGACAAGGAAGAAUCUAGCGGAUAAACUCGCAUAUCUGACGACUCGGACCCCGACGACCCCGUCGAAAUCGAGCUGGGUUCCUGGGUUUGUAAGGAAACGGUCCGAGGCGAAACAACAGGCGCAGAUCGAUGAACAGGUCAAGGAGACGGUGCUCACGCUAAUAAGAGAUGUGGUUAGAGAUGUCCAACAACCCGAUUGCAUCGACAUCCUUAAUCGAUGCGUCGCAGCAUGUCAGAUGCGAGCUCUUAUGUUCCCGGAGCUCGCACAAUUGAAAAUCAUCGAAGAUCAUACUGCGCUGUAUUGGGCCAUCGUCAGCGGUACUCCAACAACUGCCAGCACCCUGCCAACUUUGAUACAUCCUGUCGUGAACCUGCUUAUCUCCUUCCCUCUGCAGCAACAUACCCGGAUCGAUGCACGACAGGCUUGCACGGUUAACAGUGACAAUCGCCUCUUCCAACAGCUGCGUCAGUCGCCAGGGUAUUCAACUAUCGUCACAUAUGCGAACGAGGUGAUUUCCGCCGGUGGAGAUCGGUUAGAGACAGUUGAGGUCAACCAUAUGAAUCUCGAUGCUGUUGGACAGUUCGCAAUCAGCUUUUCGAUACAGAAUUGGAUUCGAAAGAUGCGGGCUGCCAAGCACGUGCCGCUUGAGUUUAUCGCUCGAGGGCGGACGUGGGGCCUCACCUUCCGAGUUGCAGAAGAACAUACCCAUGGCUUCCGAAGCGGACAGUGGUACGGCGAACUGAAACUGUUGGAUAACUCUCCUCCAACUUGGGUGACUGGUCGUCUUCGCAUAAUGCCACAAGAUGUUUCUUUCACCCGUAAAGGGCCGCUGGAUAUCACAUUCCAUACAGAAGGACAGCGGCUGGACAAUAGGUGGGCCCUACAAUUCAAGUUGAAAGGUCCGAAAGGAGAGCUCGUCGAGUUCGAUGAUUCCCCAUACCUUACGCAAGACGGCACCAUGCAUGUCCAGGGUGAAUUCAAGCUGGACAAGACGCAUGCGGACUGCGUCAUUAUGUGAUUCUACGUGUUCAGUCUAUCUGUUUUUGUCCAAUCUGUGUGUGGCGCGUUGUUGGUACUUUGUCA